UCCAAACCUGAUUCCGGUAGAGGGCAGCCGUCCAACUCAGGACUGAGGGGGAAAAACAGGGACGAAGAACUGUCAGUUUCCCGAAAUAAAGACAGCAUUUCAAUCAGGUUUGGUCAAUAGGUGGUGAGUGUGAUGGCGUCGGGCAGUACGAGCAGUGAGGAGGAGAGGAGUCUGAGGGAGUGUGAGCUGUAUGUGCAGAAACAUAACAUCCAACAGCUGUUGAAGGACUGCAUCGUACAGCUAUGUACCUCCCGGCCAGACAGACCCAUGGCCUUCCUCAGAGAGUACUUCGAGAGGCUGGAGAAGGAGGAGGCUAAGCAGAUCCUACAGCAGCAGAAGUCCAACUCUCGCUCCGACUCCCGUGAGGAUGAGGUGUCUCCUCCCAUGAAUCCCGUGGUGAAGGGGCGGCGGCGGCGCGGUGCCAUCAGCGCCGAGGUCUACACAGAGGAAGACGCCGCCUCCUACGUCAGAAAGGUCAGGGGGGGUCAGCCCUCAGCCAAUCACGCAUCGCUACAGGUUAUUCCUAAAGACUACAAAACGAUGGCCGCCCUGGCUAAAGCCAUCGAGAAGAACGUGCUGUUUGCUCACCUGGACGACAACGAGAGAAGCGACAUCUUUGACGCCAUGUUUUCUGUUACCUACAUCACCGGGGAGACGGUCAUUCAGCAAGGUGACGAGGGAGACAACUUCUACGUCGUUGACCAGGGAGAGAUGGAUGUGUAUGUGAACAAUGAGUGGGUGACCAAUAUUGGGGAGGGGGGCAGCUUUGGCGAGCUAGCCCUGAUCUAUGGGACCCCAAGGGCCGCCACGGUCCGAGCCAAGAGCAACGUCAAACUGUGGGGCAUCGACAGGGACAGUUACAGGAGGAUACUCAUGGGAAGCACUUUGAGAAAGCGUAAGAUGUAUGAGGAAUUCCUCAGCAAGGUGUCCAUUUUAGAGUCUCUGGACAAGUGGGAGAGGCUGACGGUAGCUGAUUCUCUGGAGAACGUUCAGUUUGAAGACGGACAGAAGAUCGUGGUUCAGGGUGAACCUGGAGAUGAGUUCUUCAUCAUCCUGGAGGGUUCAGCGGCUGUGCUCCAGAGACGGUCAGAGAAUGAAGAGUUUGUGGAGGUGGGCAGACUGGGGCCCUCCGACUAUUUUGGUGAGAUCGCCCUGUUGAUGAACCGUCCCCGUGCUGCGACCGUGGUCUCCCGCGGCCCUCUGAAGUGUGUGAAGCUGGACCGCCCGCGCUUCGAACGCGUUCUGGGGCCCUGCUCAGACAUACUGAAGAGGAACAUUCAGCAGUACAACAGCUUCGUCUCUCUCUCCGUCUGAGUCCCUCCGUUCCUCUAUCUCUCUCUCCGUCCCUCCAUUCCUCUAUCUCUCUCUCCGUCCCUCCAUUCCUCUAUCUCUCUCUCCGUCCCUCCAUUCCUCUAUCUCUCUCUCCGUCCCUCCAUUCUUCUAUCGCUCCAUCUCCCCCCCCCCCCCCCCCCCCCUCUGGCUCCUCCCUCCCCUUAACAACUGGUUCCACCAAUGAUCUGUUUGUUUUCUUCAUGUUUCCUCCCCUCCACCCGGGGCUCCAGAUCACCUGGGUCUUUGUUGUUGAACUGGUGUUAUUGUAUUUUGUUAUGAACCCAGAUUCAUUUGAUUGGACAUGUAUGUGAUGAACUCUGUUGGGGGGGCACAAUAUUUCUGUAGUAUUUUAAUGUCGACUAUGAAGGCAGGAUGAGUUGUCUCUGUCGUGUUCAGACGGCAACAGGUCAGGGUGGGGUCAAAACGUGACCCGAGAGGGUCUGUUCAGACCCAGGGUUCCAAUAGAAUUACAAUGUGGUUCCAUUGGGGUUCCAUUACUGUUCACCCAGUGUUCUCUCUGACACCGGGUCAAAACGAAGACCGUGUCAUGUCUGGACUAGAGACACCAUGAGUCUGUCCUGGUUAGGAUCCAGAAGACCUUGUAAUGUGUGGACUAGAGACACCAUGAGUCUGUCCUGGUUAGGAUCCAGAAGACCUUGUAAUGUGUGGACUAGAGACACCAUGAGUCUGUCCUGGUUAGGAUCCAGAAGACCUUGUAAUGUGUGGACUAGAGACACCAUGAGUCUGUCCUGGUUAGGAUCCAGAAGACCUUGUAAUGUGUGGACUAGAGACACCAUGAGUCUUAGAGAAAUGUUGUUUUGAAUAGAUCUCCACCAAAGGCUGAUCUGUGUUCUUAUACUUUUUAUAGUUUUCUGGAAUGUUCUUUGAGGGUACUAAGAAGCUGUGGUUUUUACACCAUGAGGUUGAUGUUGAGGGAGGGUGUCCCAGGUCCAGGGGUGUGGCUGCUCUCUCCCUAUUGGCUGUGGUUUUUACACCAUGAGGUUGAGGGAGGGUGUCCAGGGGUGUGGCUGCUCUCUCCCUAUUGGAAGUUAUUCUAUCUCUCUACCCCCCUUUCUCUCUCUUUCCCAUCUGGUUUCCCCUCUUUCCCAUCUGGUUUCCCCCCCUUUCUCUCUCUUUCCCAUCUGGUUUCCCCUCUUUCCCAUCUGGUUUCCCCUCUUUCCCAUCUGGUUUCCCCUCUUUCCCAUCUGGUUUCCCCUCUUUCCCAUCUGGUUUCCCCCCUUUCCCAUCUGGUUUCCCCCCUUUCUCUCUUUCCCAUCUGGUUUCCCCUCUUUCCCAUCUGGUUUUCCCCCCUUUCCCAUCUGGUUUUCCCCCCUUUCUCUCUCUUUCCCAUCUGGUUUCCCCUCUUUCCCAUCUGGUUUUCCCCCCUUUCUCCCUCUUUCCCAUCUGGUUUCUUCCCCAUCUGGUUUCCCCCCCUUUCUCCCACCCCGGUCAUUGGGAUAGAUCUUAUACGUGUCAUUGUGUCUAGGUGUGUUAAAAUGCUCUGUUCAGGAAAAGGGAAAACAACUUUUAUUCUACUCUACCUAUUUACUGCUCACAGAAAGCAGCUCUGGACUGAACAUAGAGUUCCUCUGGACAGGGUGAUCAGUCUUAAGGGAUAUUCAGUAUUUCACUUUGUGCUUCAUGUGUCCAUUUAGCUUCUAAAUAAGAGGUUUUUAUAACAGGUGAUGGUUGUGAGGAAAGCAUGUUAUACAACUCGACGUUAAUUCAACCUCUCUAGUUGAAUGGAGAAUGUGGACCGUUCUGAUAUCAACCCUGGUGGGUUUAAUAGUGUUUCAUCCUGUGGAUGGUACAUGUCCAGUGUCAUACAUGGCUUCCUAAACACCCCUAUCUUUUUCUAAUGUUUCUGACAUGGGGAGGUCUGUUUCUGAGAGCGGCUGUUUUCUCUGUGUCUCUGUCUCUGUGUCUCUGUCUCUCUCUCUGUCUCUCUCUCUCCGUCUGUCUCUCUGUGUGUGUCUCUCUCUCUCCGUCUGUCUCUCUGUGUGUGUCUCUCUCUCGCUCUCGCUCUCUCGCUCGCUCUCUCUCGCUCUCUCUCAUUAUAAACGUAUCUUUGAGAAGUGCCUGGUUGAGUUCUAUCGCCACUCUCUCUCUUAGAAUUCACAAUUAGAACCUAAAGCAUUCCGGUUCCACACCGUCAUGGAGUCUCAAGUGUUUUCAAUGUUUGGGGUCUAAACAUUUAUCUAACCAUUUUUUUAGUUUGAACCAUUUCUGUUGUGUUUUGAAAAACCCAUGUUUGUUCUAAUCCCAACUACUGUAUAUCGUUGUCAACUGGACAUUUGCCAUUUUUUUUAGAAUUUUGCUGAAUAUUUUGUAAUGUACUAUAUAGUAUACGGUUAGCAUAAGACUCCCUCUCUCUCCAGCCCAACGCUGUCCAACGUGUUACUGCGGUUAUUUUCAUGGACAUUUAUAAAGGAAUCCAUCAAAACUGUGAUGUAUAGAGAUGUGGAUACAAAUCAUUCCUGUAUAGACUAGUCCUCUGAAAGGAACUGUUUGAAUCAAUCUGUUGUUAUGGAUGUGUUCCAAAUGGAACCCUAUUCCAUGCUGGAUGUGUUCCAAAUGGAACCCUGUUCCAUGCUGGAUGUGUUCCAAAUGGAACCCUGUUCCAUGCUGGAUGUGUUCCAAAUGGAACCCUAUUCCAUGCUGGAUGUGUUCCAAAUGGAACCCUAUUCCAUGCUGGAUGUGUUCCAAAUGGAACCCUAUUCCAUGCUGGAUGUGUUCCAAAUGGAACCCUAUUCCGUGCUGGAUGUGUUCCAAAUGGAACCCUAUUCCGUGCUGGAUGUGUUCCAAAUGGAACCCUAUUCAGUGGUGGAUGUGUUCCAAAUGGAACCCUAUUCCCUUUAUAGUGCACUGCCUUUGACUAAGUAGUGCACUAUAUAGGCAAUAGGGGUGCCAUUUUGGAAGCAUGCAGGGUUUUAUUUCCACCAUGGUGUGUAAGUCCUGGAUAAGGCGUCUCCAGCUGAACUAGGAUCAGGCUGGAAUGGACACGGCCCUGCUACAUCUCAUGGUUGAUCCAUUUCUGGUGUUUUUACAUUUUUACUGUUCAACUGUCCUUGGUGUCUUGUGUUUAAUAAAUUAGACUUGUUUUAUUUGUCAGGCUGUGUGCGUGUCUGAAAUGUCACUCUGUUUCCUAUAUAUAAAGCCCCAUAGGCUCUGGUCAAAAGUAGUGCACUUUAUAGGGAAUAGGGUGCCUUUUCAGACACACAGUGUAUCUAGUUGAUGCCCUGCACCCAAUGUUGAAAUAAUGUUAGUUGAUGGUUUUCAUGGGGGGAAUCUAGAACUCUAGCAGUGGGAGGACUUGGGGGAAUCUAGAACUCUAGCAGUGGGAGGACUUGGGGGAAUCUAGAACUCUAGCAGUGGGAGGACUUGGGGGAAUCUAGAACUCUAGCAGUGGGAGGACUUGGGGGAAAUCUAGAACUCUAGCAGUGGGAGGACUUGGGGGAAAUCUAGAACUCUAGCAGUGGGAGGACUUGGGGGAAAUCUAGAACUCUAGCAGUGGGAGGACUUGGGGGAAUCUAGAACUCUAGCAGUGGGAGGACUUGGGGGAAUCUAGAACUCUAGCAGUAGGAGGACUUGGGGGAAUCUAGAACUCUGGCAGUGGGAGGACUUGGGGGAAUCUAGAACUCUGGCAGUGGGAGGACUUGGGGGAAUCUAGAACUCUGGCAGUGGGAGGACUUGGGGGAAUCUAGAACUCUGGCAGUGGGAGGACUUGGGGGAAUCUAGAACUCUAGCAGUGGGAGGACUUUAGCAGUGGGAGGACUUGGGGGAAUCUAGAACUCUGGCAGUGGGAGGACUUGGGGGAAUCUAGAACUCUGGCAGUGGGAGGAUUUGGUGGAAUCUAGAAUGUGUGGCUAUUGUCAUCUCUUUCUCACACACUGAUUUGAUGUGUUAUGUUCCAAUCAGAGUCAAACAGCUUUCUAUCCCUUUUAUAUUAGUGGUUUGUGUCUCAUUCCAUGUUUUUAAUAUAUUUGUAGAUCAUUCAGUCUAACAACCAGGGUUGCAAAAUUCAGGUUAUUUUCCUGGUUGGAGUUCUGGGGAAACUUGGGAAAGUUACCGUCAUUCUGAAACCUUACUAACUACAGUGUUCUGUCUAUAGAUGAACGGUCAGUAAGGUGUUUCUGACCAUUAUAGCUUUACCGGGGUCUGUGUGCCACACAGCCACUGUAAGUACAGUAACUGUAAGGCGCAGGAUGUACGAGAACCCAAACAGUCCGAGACGUUGACUAUAGUUUUGCCUUCGGUCAUGUGAUCAUGGCUUAUAGAACAGAGGUCCACAGCUCAGGUUUUCAUUUGUCCCCUGGCACUAAGUUGAUUAAGUAAUAUCAUUGAUUGGAUAGAGUACACACACACACACACACACACACACACACACACACACACCUGGUGGCCCAGGUCAAAAUUAGUCUGUUAUUUAAAGUUAGACUCUGUGAAAUGAUGUUGCCACGAGCAACUCCGCAGAUACUAAGAUGAGCGAGAUGCAACACUUCUCUCUCACACAGUCACACACAGUAUCUGAACACAUGUUCACUUCAGAGUGAUGUUGCUUCUAGCUUGGUGGCCAUGAUUUCUUUGUAGAAACAGAAUGGAAACCGUGUGUGUGUGUGUGUGUGUGAGAGAGUGUAGAGGCGUGAGGGACAGGAGCUUGCCAUUGAUUGGUCAGGAGGAGAAGACAUACUGUAGUUUGUGUCAAUGAAAUUUGAGAUGGAAAAACCAAAACAGGGGACAAGUUGAGCCUCGUGCUUCAAUGCUCUUAGUUGUGUAAAUUGACCCACUGUGCUGUUUACUGUCUACAUCUCUGCCACAUCACUGAGGCCACCUUUAAACGGUUAGUAAGGAAAGCAGCAUGCAGAUGGCCCCCGGGACCGCAGAUGGCCCCCGGGACCGCAGAUGGCCCCCGAGACCGCAGAUGGCCCACGGGACCGCAGAUGGCCCACGGGACCGCAGAUGUGCACCCCUGCUUUAGAGUCAUAAUCUGUGUCCCAAAUCAACCCCUAGCCCCUAUUCCUACGUCCUACCCUUUUGCGGCACUAGUGCAGAACUGAGAGGAUUGGAUGGGUAUCAGCAAUAUAAUAAUUUAUUAGACUCUUAUAGUGCUAUUCGUUAUUACAUAAAGAAUCUCAAAAGUGCUUUAAAAGCAAAAAAAAAAAGACUAGAAAUGUAGAAAACAACAUCGUUCAUGAGAUGGGGAGUUCAUGAGAGGGUCGGGAAGUUCACGGGUUGAGGGGUCAUCGGAGGGAGGUUGUCGGAGGGGAAAGGCGUAGAUGGUCUCUGGAGCAAGUCCAGGGGCAGACGGGCAGCACGGUGUCAUCGAGGUGGAGCAAAACUCCACCUAUCAGAGGGCACGGUGGAGCUGUUACCAUAUGGCUUGUACCUAUCCAAUCCUUUCCUAUCUAGAGUAGGGAAUAGGGGUCAAGGUUUUUGGUUUAGGAUUCUGUUUAGUGCUCCCAAUUCUUCGGCUUCGUCCCAAUUCUCUUCCUUGCUCACAUAGUGUGUCCACUUGGCUUGCACACUCCCUGUCGUAGAUUUAAAAGCAUGGGAUUGGUAUAAGCAUUGCCUGGAGGGAGGGGGGGGGGGGGAGUUUCCAGCAUUGCUAAGUCCAUGCAACAACAACAAAAAAGUGUGCAAGUGCACACUUCAGGAGAGGGAAAAAAGGUUGGUGGUUUGGGACGUGGCCUUCAAGCUCUCAUUGACGUUGGACAAGGCCUGUGGGAUGUGUCCAAAAUGGACCCUUUCUCCUUCUAUAGUGCACUACUCUAGAGCCCUGGUCAGGAAUAGGGUGUCUGUUUAGGGAAGAGGAAGUGGUCUAUGUAGGGAAUAGGGUGUCUGUUUAGGGAAGAGGAAGUGGUCUAUGUAGGGAAUAGGGUGUCUGUUUAGGGAAGAGGAAGUGGUCUAUGUAGGGAAUAGGGUGUCUGUUUAGGGAAGAGGAAGUGGUCUAUGUAGGGAAUAGGGUGUCUGUUUAGGGAAGAGGAAGUGGUCUAUGUAGGGAAUAGGGUGUCUGUUUAGGGAAGAGGGUGGCCAAAGGACCAUUUUAUUAUGAUGAUGAUGGUGAUGAUGAUGAUGAUGAUGACUGUACAAGGUUUGCUUUACUGUUUGUGCUCAGUUCUAAUCCUUUUGGUUUAGGUUGUUUCCUAAUGGCAGGUCAAGCAAUAAAACGAAUACAUUGUUA